AGGCACAGUGGAACCCUUUUUUCUGUCUUUCUCUGGUAGUACUUAUUAGCUCGGCAGUCGAAUGCAGGCUGGACACAGCGAGGUCUGCCCUCUGACGGGAGACGAGGACGGUGGCCAGCCACGUGUGUACGUCUCCGAGGCACCCCCCGCUGUCGACGAACCCACAGGCCUCUCGCGCCCCGUCUCGGCCACCUCCUCGCUUGAUCCGUACUACUUCGGUGCUCAGACGCCCUCCGACUCCCCCCCGCCCCCCUCUCCCCCAACUCCACCCCCCAGCUCUGCCCAGCGUCAGCCCAGGAGUUCACACACUAAACCACCCGCUGACCCCCGCAAGAGACCCGGCCAACAUCGACCGCAUGGGCCUCGUUGGCGUAGGCGAACUGACAACUCCAUCGCUGGGACAAAAUACAUCGUCCAUUCGAGACAAUCCAACCAAUCACAGGACGAGGAUUGUCUUCUCGAGGAAGAGGACGCCGCCGCAGUCAUGGUAGCCGAAAACCUCGAAAACGACGCUCCUGACAGCCCGUGGACAAUUGAGGCAGUCGAUGGCGAGUCCGACGACAAAGACGAGCAUCAUCUCAAACAACCAGCUACACGUACCAUCCGCACCCGUCGCUCUAUUGCAGACGAGAGCGGCGGAGAAGAAAUCCUGUACCCCCGCAAACCACACGGGUCCAUCUUUUUACAUCCGUCGGACGCAGUCAAGCCUUCCUCGCCUUCUCCCGAGGAACCUCCAUCGCCGCUCGUGCCCCCCCUCCCGAGCGAGCAUGCCCUGGUCAGCGAUGCGUCCACCUCAUCAUCCCCUCCAAGUGCAUUCACUCCACUCCGCAAGGCACGAAAGCGCACCUCGGACGAGUUCGAGAUAGAUCAGUCGGGGUCUCUGACCUCAAAGGGCGCUGUCCCUGUCAAGCCAGCCACCAAGGACGACAAAUCCUCGUCCGUUCGCAGACACCGUCCUUCUGGUUCGACGUCCAUGUCUAGCGCUAUUCGUGACAAAACACGUCGCAGAGAAAGUUUGGCACCGAACACCUCGUCCAAGUCCCCUGCGUCCAUUGAAGCGACUCCGACAUCUGCUGCUAACCGUGCGGAAAGGGACCAUCACACUCGCCAACCCUCAGCGAGUUCCUCGUCCGGUCCCGACCCAGCGCUCGCGUCACAUUCUAGCCGCGUACAUGCACCUCCUCUCCCUCCCUCUCCAUCGACGACCUCUAUGCAUCACCUUUUGAGGCACGCUGGCGGUGCCCCUACGACUACGACUACGACUCCCCCUACCCGUCCAUCGUCAUCACACAAGGAUCUCGCUCACCCAUCGCAUCCUCACUCAUCAAGCGUCGUUCAUUCCCUCCUUCGCGGAACGCAGGAGGGUUGGUCAAGCAUGGACGACGAUGCCCACGCGGAGGCUUUGCGAAAGCUCGACGGCUUAUCUACCAAGACCGCCCGAGCCCGUGCAAGCAUCGGCAGUCUCAACCGCAUGAGCCGCCCCGGCACGCCUGGAAGCGCUGCAGGUCGCGUCCAUUGGGAGAGUGGUGUUAAUGAGAGCGGUGGAAAAGUCAGUCGCAGGGGAAGCUCAAAGGAAAAAGAGAGAAAGGAGCAUGGCACCUCUGGUUCAGUAGAUGCUGGAAACGACGCUGGCGAUGCGCGCACCCCUGCAGUCACGAGUGGCGACGAGCAUCAAGCGUCGUCGGGUCCCGACAAGACCCCUAAAAAGUCUAUCAGUGCUCGUCUUAGUUUCACGCCUAAACGCGGGUCUGCAUCCUCCACGACAUACACAGGUACCCCCACGAGUUCGCGUGACUCAGCAUCGUUAUCAACUGCAACAAGUGCGACAUCCGUCUCUGCUCCCUCAGGUAGACACUCCACCGGUGUAGGCAAGGGUCGACGGAACAGCGCGGGGAGCGAUAUCUCGAGUGUCUACUCGGGCGGCGACGGUACUGUGAAGGAUCGCACGGGCUCGCUGGCAAGUGGAGCUGAGGCGUUGGAGGAGGACCGUGUGCCCCCUGUUCCACCUCUACCCAAGGAUUUAUCGAAUUACCGGUCGCCUCCUCAGUCUUCGCACGGCGUCAUAUUUCCUCACGCUGCUGGCGAUGAGGGCAGUAUCGAACGUACAGCAUCUUUGGAGGUUCCACCAUCGUCCAAGUCCCACGAUGUUCAUUCCCACGAAUCAACAAGUCAUGGGUUUCACUCUGCACCUGAGACUGCACCUUCCGCUCACAAGACACCCUCAAAGAAGUGGAGUUUCUCUAACGCGCUAAAUAUCAAGUUGACGAGUUCGCCCUCGGUUGCGUCCAUGAGAGGGGGAGACAAGGAUUCGUCAUCACAUAAUAGCAAGACAUCGAGCUUCCCGCUGAGCCCGCGCUCCAUGCAAAGUUUCAGUCAGCAGUUGCGAAAACACGCAUCCCGGGAGCACGCCUUGUCCCCUCCUGCGUCGAACAAGACUGUUUGGUCACCGAUCCAACCGGAAGCCAUGGGCUCUGCCGCCUCCCUUGCGUCGCUCUCUUCUGUCGGAUCCACUCGAACGCCUAGGUCGCCUGCCCUGCAGUCUAGAAAGACACCCGACUGCGAGAGAGGAGGGGUUGCAAGUCGUCCAGGGACUGGCUCCAGUAUUAGCAAUACCACCACGUCCAACGCCAAUAUGAACGCGUCGCUCAGCCCGGUCCCUUCUAUCAGACGUCACCAGUCGAAACGCCUCACACCCUCCUCCAUCCCAUUCUUCCGCCGCUCAUCUUCGCACAGCGUGCAAAUAUCGAUGUCGAACGCUGCCCCGGCUUCAGUAUCACCAACGAUACCGACGGCUCCGGUCAUCCCGUCCGGACAAAGCCGUACCAAAGAAGCAAAUAGCUCGCCUACCAAAGAAUCAUCCUCCAGGCCCCCUCCGACCACGUCAAGCACAUCGCAGAAGAAGUCAUCAGUUCUGAGUUUAGGGUUACCUUCGUUGCUCAAGGGUUCAAGUUCGAGAAGGAGUUUGCACGGCGAUAGGAGUGACACUGGGACGGGCAAAGAGGCGAGAGAUAGUGGUGGUAGUCACAAGACGAGGGAAGGAGAGAAGGCAAAGGCGAAGCAAGAUCUCAAGGAUCGGAGCGAGAGUAGGAUAUCGGUGCUGAUGGGCAGGAAGAGGGGCAAGGCAAGUAACAGCACGCUUUCUUCCACGGACCCGAAGAAGGCUCCCGCUGUGGCCCUGCCACCGAUGCAGAUGUCCGCGCUUCCCGCUACUACCGCGCAGCGUGUCGCCAGUCUAAAGAACAACUCAGUAUCUACACCUGCCGCUGCCAUCACGAGGACUCCGUCGUCCUCUCGUGUCACGUCUCAAACCGUGAGUUCGAUGCAGAAACAGUCAGACGCAUCGCUGCGAACCAGGAAUCAGCUGCCCACGAUUGCCGGCUCGCCUUCAGUUGGUACGACUGGCUAUAGCGCGUCGAAAGAGCCGAAAGAUCAUCCACCCUCUGCGCUCCUCAAUACUGUCGGGGGAUUGCCCAAAGAAACCCCAACCAAGAUACCUCGUAUCUCGAGUCGUACAUCCGCAGCUGGUUCACCAGGACUGGGUUCCGGGCAAAACACACUAGUCAACAGACGCAUCAGCCUGAACACCCGUCACCGAUACCUGCAGACGCAGCGACGAACGAAUUUGGCGUCUUGGAAAACGGAGAUGCUCAAAGUGGCACCAAGGUUGCGGCAACGGAUAAGCCAGCCACUCUCCAGGCGCCAGUCUGCACGCGCUUCGCCUUCGUUAAAUUCUAGAGCGACUCGCCAAAACUCUGGUCCACCGACAGCUGGAGGUAUACCUCGCAAAUCUAACCGAGAUUCCGUCUCUUUCACCUCGUUGCGCAAGGCUUCGACUGGAUCUGUUGCUUCUACGACAUCGGCGGCGCCUCCACCCAACGAACCAUCGCACGUUCACCAUAGGUUCUCAGCACUCUCUCCUUCCAAGAGCCUGAAACUCUUGAGCCCUAAGAUUUCUUUACCGGGUGGCCGCUCCUCUCAUAAUAAUACUUCGUCAGCAUCGUCUAGCGGAGUCCAUCGUAUUCACGCUGGCACUCCAUCGUCAAGCCGUCAGUCAUUAUCGACGCCGUCCCCAGUUCCUGAGACGGUCGAUGAGGAGGAGUUCCUAGGUGAUGAAGAGAUGAUGCAAUACAUCAGACGUCAGCAGGCAAAGAAGAUGGCGAAUGGGGCGACUCAAGAAGAGUUGGAUGAGAUGCUAAAAUUCCCAGAGCCGAUUCCUCCCAGCCCCGGAAUGACGCCACAAGAACUGCUGCAGAGCCCACAGGCUCGGCAUCUGUGUCCCUACGAACGUGAAGAGAUGCUCAACCAUUCUUUAAUUUAUUUCAUUGGUGCUGGAAGUCAGAAGAAGCAAGCUGAUCCGGACAUCCCGACAAACAAUUUCGGAUACGACGAUGAUCGUGGCGACUAUCUAGUAGUGCACGGUGACCACCUGGCGUAUCGAUAUGAAGUCGUGGAUACCCUAGGUAAAGGAUCUUUCGGUCAGGUGUUGAACUGUCGAGAUCACCAAACUGGUGAAUCUGUCGCGAUCAAGAUAAUUCGGAAUAAGAAACGCUUCCAUCACCAGGCCUUGGUCGAAAUCAAGAUUUUGGACAAUCUGCGCAAAUGGGACCAAGAGGAGAAACACCACGUCAUCAAGAUGACAGAGCAUUUCUACUUCCGCAACCACUUGUGCAUUGCCAUGGAGUUGCUGAGCAUUAACUUGUACGAGUUGAUCAAGGCGAACGGAUUUGUCGGCUUCACGACCACCCUGAUACGCCGUUUCACGAGCCAGAUGAUCCUGUCAUUGUGCUUGAUGCGGCACCAUAGAAUCGUUCACUGCGACCUUAAGCCAGAGAAUGUUCUGCUCAAACACCCGACGAAGAGCGCGAUCAAGGUGAUCGACUUUGGCAGCAGUUGCCUCGAGCAUGAGAAGAUUUAUACCUACAUCCAAAGUCGGUUCUACCGUUCACCGGAGGUCAUCCUCGGCAUGAACUACCAUAUGGCCAUCGACAUGUGGAGUCUAGGGUGCAUCCUCGCUGAACUCUACACGGGAUUCCCAAUCUUCCCUGGCGAGAACGAGCAGGAACAAUUAUCUUGUAUUAUGGAGGUUCUUGGUCCUCCAGAUAAAGAGUUCAUUAACCGCAGCUCCCGGAAGCGGCUCUUUUUCGAUAACAGUGGGGCACCACGACCCGUGGUCAACUCCAAGGGUCGGAGAAGGAGACCUGGCACGAAAAGCCUUGCUCAAGUUCUUCGAUGCCAAGAUGAUGAUUUUGUCGACUUCGUGGCACGGUGUCUUGUUUGGGACCCAGAACGGCGCAUGAAGCCACAAGCAGCACUUCAGCAUAGUUUCUUGAAAACUGGACGACGCCUCUCUGGACCACGGACGUCCAAGGUCACGGAGACUCCGAAGAAAUCGCAGAUCAGCGCACCAACACCUUUGACUGCUCGCUCCAGUCGCACUGUCAUCACAAACGGUGUCAAUGCCACCCCCGUCCAUGCAACCUCUAUGGGUCCGUCGUCACGGACCUACCGUUCCUCACAACAUUCUUCUAGCCGGACGCUAGGUGGGUUCGCCGUGACAGCUACUAAAUGAGUUUUGGAAUGGAUGGAUGGAUAUUUUUUUUCCCUUUGCUCCUCUUUUUCUUUUUACGUUAAUAAAAACCUCUGGGGAAUCUUAUGCGCGCGUUGCUAGACAUUUCUUCACGACAUAAGCUGGCCUUAACCGACCCUCCUCUUAUCAUACCCCUCCAGGUCUGCUGUAUUUUACCCCCUCGUCAGUGUUCGUCGCAUGCAGUCACCAUCUGAAAUUUGCACAUCCCAUCACAAUUACUCACAUCACUUCAAUAUAAUGUGUUCUUCUGUUGGAAUUUCUCGUUUUCACGAUGCAAGUUGGAACAUGGCAUGCUCUGCCGAAUUCGUGUACAUACA